CUGGUAUCUGGUGGAGACAAUAUGCUCAUAUUAAAUAGCCUCUCUUCCUGUUGUUGACAUCUCGGUUUUUCUUCUGGUUGUUUUCAAUGGCCUCGAUCCCUCGAACAACUGAAGCUCGUCGCUGGAAGUAUGACGUGUAUUUGAGUUACUGGGAUCUUGACACUCGAAGGGGUUUUACAUCUCAUUUAUACGGUGGUCUGCAGAGGAGGGGAAUUAAAACAUUCAUGGGUUAUCAAGAUCUUCAAGUAGGGGAUGAGAUUUAUCCCACUCUCCUAAAGGUAAUCGAAGGAUCAAGGUUGGCAAUUGUUGUUCUGUCCCAAAAUUAUGCUUCUUCUGCUUGGUGUUUGGAUGAACUUACAAAGAUUUGUCAGUUCAUGGAGGACGGCCACAGAAUUCUUCCAGUUUUUUAUGAUGUCAAGCCUAGUGAUGUAAGAAAUCAAAAUAGGAGUCUUGAAGAUGCUUUCACCAAGCAUGAGCGAUUCGAAUCGGAGAAGGUCAAGCAGUGGAGAGAUGCUUUAAGAAAAGUGGCCGACUUCGCUGGGUUGGUUCCAAAAUACAGGACUGAGCGAGAUCUUGUCGAAGCUACUGUGGAAUUUGUGUACAGUAAACUACAACACGUUGUGGAAAUCAACACUGGAGAUUUUGAAGCAACAAGGCAAGCCACUACUGAAAUUGAACCUGCAAUCUGUCGACAAACUGCUGCAUCUCUUCCUUCAUCAACUGAAUCAUCAUCAACAGCUGGUCAGUGGAAGUAUGACGUGUAUUUGAGUUUCUUGGGUGCAGAUACUCGAAACAGUUUUACAGAUCAUUUAUACUAUGGGCUGCAACAUAGUGGACUCUCAAUGAAUCAACAUCUUGAACGAGAGCAGCCCAUUUCUCCCUCUCUCGUGGAGGCAAUUGAAGAAUCAAGGUUUGCAAUCGUUGUUAUGUCGAAAAGCUAUGUUCAUUAUACUUGGUGUUUGGAGGAACUUACAAAGAUCUGUGAGUGCAUGAAAAACCAAAACAGAAUUCUUCCAAUUUUUUAUAAUGUGGCAAACGUUGAUGUACGGUACUGCAAGACGAGUUUCGAAAAAGCUUUCCAAGAGCAUGAAAGCUCUGGGCGACACACAUCAGACAAGAUAAAGGGCUGGAAAGAUGCUUCAAACCAUGUAGUCAGUCUCUGCGGGUGGCAGACAAAGAAUUAUAAGACUGAUAGAGAACUUGUGGAGACAAUUGUGGAUUUUGUGUGCCGUCAAGUAAAACCUAGUGAAAUUGGGUUUACAAUCUCUACUAAUUGGAAAAAGGGUCAUCUUCUCGGCAGCGGCUCCUUCGGGUCUGUGUAUGAAGGAAUUUCUGAGAUCUUUGUUGAUAUGAUCUUGCUCUCUUUCAGUGGCGGAUGCUUCAUUGCUGUCAAGGAAGUUUCCUUGCUUGAUCAAGGAAAAGUUUCUCAACUUGAACAGGAGAUUGCUCUUCUGAGUCAAUGUAAACAUGAGAACAUAGUUCAGUAUUAUGGCACACAAAAGGAUGAAUCAAAGCUCUACAUCUUUCUGGAACUUGUAACCAAAGGCUCCCUUCAAAAGCUAUAUCAAACGUACCCUCUUACAGAUUUGCAUGUCUCUGUAUACACUAGACAGAUCUUGCAAGGUCUGAAGUAUCUUCACGGCCAAAAUGUGAUUCACAGGGACAUUAAAUGCGCAAAUAUUUUGGUGCAUGCUAAUGGAUCUGUGAAGCUUGCAGACUUUGGCUUGGCAAAGACUAUCAAAAUGAACGAUAUAAUAUCUUGCCGAGGAACUGCAAACUGGAUGGCCCCUGAGGUUGUUGAACCUGAAAAUCCAGGUUAUGGCCUUCCAGCUGAUAUAUGGAGUCUUGGAUGUACUGUGUUGGAGAUGUUAACUAGGAUGGUUCCAUACCCUAAUCUCGAAUGGAUGGCGGCAUUAUGGAAAAUUAUGAAGGGGGAGCCCCCUCUGGUUCCUGAUUCUCUUUCAAGGGAGGCACAAGAUUUUAUCCAUCUAUGCUUACAAGUUGAGCCAGAUAAUCGUCCCACUGCUGCUCAGCUUUUAAAACAUCCAUUUGUAAAUAAGCCCCUUCCUCCCACGUCUUCUGGAUCAGUAUCUCCUUACAAUCACCACAGGCAGAGUUGAAAAGAUUUAUUCAGCUAUAAGUUGUGAUGGUAAUAAGCUCUAUUCAACCCAAAGAAGCAGGCUGACAACUCAUCCAUGUUCUAUAAUUUGCUUUGGAAUCCUGUGUUCGGCCACCAAAUCUUGGCUUACUCUAGUAGAGUGCAUGCUUGACUGCUUGUUAUAACUUCAGUGAUUUUCAAGGUCUAUGCCAGAUCUGGCAAUGGGUUAUACGACUUUAGAAGAACAAGCAUCCUUCCGCAGGUGCCUGCUCUGAAAAUCAUCUUGCACGUAGAGCAAUCCCACUAAUUAUUUCACCAUCAUUUCUGUUGUAGAAAUAUGAUUUAUUGAUGUUCGAUUAGUGUUUGGCGUUUCAUGUCUUCCCCUCUGUUCCAAAUGAAGAUAUUUAGCGGGUGAGAGAUUGUAUGGGCAAGUUGUGGUAGAUAGUUUUGUUAGUAUUGGAAAAUAAUUCCGAUUUGUAUAGAUCUGUUUCUGACAGUGUCAUAGUUGGCAUGCAUUCAUAAUGUACUUAAAAUUAAUGGCCGAAGCAGUUUCGUAAAAUUAA